GUUUUCGACCGGCUCUUAAUCUUUCUAUUCUCGCUUCCCGUGCAGAAGGUCCUUCCCUUAGCUUCAUCAUGGCAAACGUUGUCGAUACUAAAUUAUAUGACAUCCUAGGUGUGUCCCCCACUGCCACUGAAAAUGAGUUGAAAAAGGUAACGUUGAUUGUAUCUCCCGAUUUAUCGAGUCAAAUUCAAUCUAGGUGCUGUGGAGUUUGAAUUGUUCGUAGAAACAGGAAAUAGGUUAUUCUUGCUAAAAGCUAGUCUGGCCUAGAAACGGUAGCUAGCUAACGUUAGCUAGUUUGACUAGCUAGCUAGCUCUAUGUUUCUAGCCAACUAGCGCCAAUCAGCAAAUUCUUCUCAAAUUUGUGUCCUGUAGUACCAUUUAUCUGCCUUACUGUUUUAGUUAACUACCUCUGUCUUUGGCGCAAAGUGUUUGGGUGUUUGUACUUUGCGCUUGUUGGCGCUAGUUUUCAAUGAUGUUGAUGGCAUCUUGUAGAACGUCGUUCUGAACGAACGCCUUAGAGUUAAUCUUUUUGUACAAGUUAGCAUGUGGUUGGUAGCGAGAACGUUAGCACUAUUCCCUGUCUUUUGGUUUAGAGUCCGCAUAAUACAUCAGACAUUGUUAAAUAUUAAACCAUUACUGUAUUAGCAGUUGUUUUGUUUACCUUUUUCCAGACUGGUACUAGCUAAGACAAUGGCUAGCUAGUAGAUAGCUAACUCUCGUGCGACUAUCUGCUGGUAACAGAUAAGACGCAACCAAGUCGCCUCAACCAGGUUGCUAUAGAUAAGGUAAAAUAUUCAAGGUUACUCUGGUUUGAUCUGUUAACGUUAACUAACUGUUAGCUAACGUGUGCCACUAAACUAGUUAGCUGGCUAGUUGCGUAAUUUAGCCGGCUAGCCUACGACGUUAACUGUUAACUCACGUGUUUACAGUUUAAUUCACAGUAACGUAAUUUUGGGGCCACAUCUCCAGGUCGGACAUUUUGGGUUGAUUUUGUUGUGGAAAUUCUGAUGGAUAGCUGGUUAAUAGUUGUGAUUUAUAAUCAUUGUAACUAAUUAGCCAGUAGCUAACUUGAGUCAUUAUGAGAAUAGCUAGCUAGCUGGUCCGUCAACACGCAUUACGCAUAUAGUAGCUAGCUGUCUUCCGCAGUUUUCUUCAAAUUCAAUUUACUAGCUAGCUUAUUUAGGCCAGCUAACUAACUUUACCGUAAAAAGGAACGUCAGAUUCCUGUCCAUAUUUCACUGAUGGCUACUACUGGGAUUACGUAAAAAGUGGAAGGCCCAAUGGUUAUACAACUCAUUGGCUAACUAGCUAGCAUAAAUACUCGAAACCAGUGCCUUGAACCAAUGCUUGUAAUGUUAUGUAUUAUUCAUGUGCUUGCCUUUUCUUUCAGUCAUACCGGAAGCUAGCAAAGGAAUAUCACCCCGAUAAAAACCCAAAUGCUGGCGACAAGGUAUUGAAAUGGCUUGAAGUACAUUUUUUUGGGAGGGAUAAGAUGUGAGGAAAGGGUUCAAUCAUUCCUUAAACUUCUGAGUAGCUACAUCAUGAAUGUUAUCAAAUAUCUGUAAAUGUCAUACAACUUAAUGUACACCCUCUCCUUCAAACAGUUCAAGGAGAUCAGUUUUGCAUAUGAAGUGUUGACUAAUCCAGAGAAAAAGGAGCUAUAUGAUCGCUAUGGGGAGCAGGGACUGCGGGAAGGAGGUGGAGGUGGGUGGGGGGAAUGGAUGACAUCUUUUCACACAUCUUCGGCGGCGGACUCUUUGGCUUCAUGGGCGGGCAGGGGCGCAGCCGAAAUGGUGGUAGACGAAGAGGAGAGGACAUGGUUCACCCACUCAAGUAAGCUUAGUCUAUGGAUUGGUGGUGUCAUAGAUCUCUUGUGUGAUUAUCAAAAAAAAAUGUGUCUGACUGUUCAAGUGGCCUGCGGUUUCUAUGACCUUGCUACGGUCUCUAAUUAAGUUCUUUGGUUUUUAAGAGUUUCACUGGAAGACCUGUACAAUGGAAAAACAACUAAACUGCAGCUGAGCAAGAAUGUUCUUUGUGGCACUUGUAAUGGGUAAGUGUUUCCACAUUCUUCCAAUGGUAUCUGCAACAAUUUCCCCUCCAAAUUACUUCUCUAGCUCACAUGAAGCAGUGUUGAGGUCUUGCUUUCACUGCCUGUCAAUUAUUGCAUCAUACAUGUUGAUCAUGUAGGUUUGUUGGUGUGUUAGACAAAAAAGUAUAACUUCUUCUCAACAGCCAGGGUGGGAAGACUGGCGCAGUUCAGAAGUGUGUGGCCUGCAGGGGGCGUGGUAUGCGCAUCAUGAUCAGACAGUUGGCUCCUGGGAUGGUCCAACAAAUGCAGUCAGUUUGUACUGAUUGUAAUGGAGAAGGUAAGCAACAGUACCAUUUAGGAACCAUACACUUGUAGUACCCAGAUACGUGUGAAAAGGCUUUGCCCCCUCCUUAGACUCUGAAACUUCUAUUGUUAUACCUACAGGUGAGGUCAUCAAUGAGAAAGACCGCUGUAAAAAGUGUGAGGGCAAGAAGGUUAGCAAGGAGGUGAAAAUCCUGGAGGUCCAUGUCGACAAGGGCAUGAAGCAUGGGCAGAAGAUCACCUUCGGAGGGGAAGCUGACCAGGCGCCUGGGGUAGAGCCAGGAGACAUUGUCCUCGUCUUGCAAGAGAAGGAGCACGAGGUAGAGAUGAACUGCUGUGCUCUGGACACCAUGGUCCCCACUCCUUAAGACUACUUCUCUUGUUGACUAAAGGCAAUAUUACAAUGUAGAAACAUAUUAGUGAAGGUGCAACAUUGAUGUGUAAACUUGUUAUUACUCAGCUAUUAUGUAUCACGUCUAUGAGGAAUUGAGGAGUAUAGAUGGAGAAUGUUGAAUGGUAGUUGGUUGAACAAAAGCAGCCAGCUGGCUGUGUUGGGUCCUCCAGCACUCUUGACUGGGAUCCUUUGGGAGCAGAUUGCAGUGACGGCACGAUGCUGUUAGGCCAAUGUGAACAUGCUGUAAUCCAGUUUCCAGUACUGGCCUCCCACCCUCUGAGCCCCCUGCAUGUCUGGCAUAACUUGGUAUUAAUUAUAGUCAAGAGUGGCACGUCGUUCCUAAUCCUGGAGCCCUAGCAUUUCCACUCCAUUGUGUCACCUCCAGACUGUCACUCACUGCUCAGAAGAUGGGAGAACAGACACAUGUUGAUGGCACCAGCCUCUCAUGUGAAGAAUAGACCAGUAAAGAGGAGUCAAUGGGGAGGGGAGACAAUACCCUGACAGGAUGUAUAUGCACAGCUUCCUGGGGCUAUUAUCUUAUGUUCAUUAUUUACAGUGGGGGGAAAAAGUAUUUAGUCAGCCACCAAUUGUGCAAGUUCUCCCACUUCAAAAGAUGAGAGGCCUGUAAUUUUCAUCAUAGGUACACGUCAACUAUGAUAGACAAAUAGAGAUUUCUUUCUCCAGAAAAUCACAUUGUAGGAUUUUUUUAUGAAUUUUUUUGCAAAUUAUGGUGGAAAAUAAGUAUUAGGUCACCUACAAACAAGCAAGAUUUCUGGCUCUCACAGAACUGUAACUUCUUCUUUAAGAGGCUCCUCUGUCCUCCACUCGUUACCUGUAUUAAUGGCACCUGUUUGAACUUGUUAUCAGUAUAAAAGACACCUGUCCACAACCUCAAACAGUCACACUCCAAACUCCACUAUGGCCAAGACCAAAGAGCUGUCAAAGGACACCAGAAACAAAAUUGUAGACCUGCACCAGGCUGGGAAGACUGAAUCUGCAAUAGGUAAGCAGCUUGGUUUGAAGAAAUCAACUGUGGGAGCAAUUAUUAGGAAAUGGAAGACAUACAAGACCACUGAUAAUCUCCCUCGAUCUGGGGCUCCACGCAAGAUCUCACCCCGUGGGGUCAAAAUGAUCACAAGAACGGUGAGCAAAAAUCCCAGAACCACACGGGGGACCUAGUGAAUGACCUGCAGAGAGCUGGGACCAAAGUAACAAAGCCUACCAUCAGUAACACACUACGCCGCCAGGGACUCAAAUCCUGCAGUGCCAGACGUGUCCCCCUGCUUAAGCCAGUACAUGUCCAGGCCCGUCUGAAGUUUGCUGGAGUGCAUUUGGAUGAUCCAGAAGAGGAUUGGGAGAAUGUCGUAUGGUCAAAUGAAACCAAAAUAUAACUUUUUGGUAAAAACUCAACUCGUCGUGUUUGGAGGACAAAGAAUGCUGAGUUGCAUCCAAAGAACACCAUACCUACUGUGAAGCAUGGGGGUGGAAACAUCAUGCUUUGGGGCUGUUUUUCUGCAAAGGGACCAGGACGACUGAUCCGUGUAAAGGAAAGAAUGAAUGGGGCCAUGUAUCGUGAGAUUUUGAGUGAAAACCUCCUUCCAUCAGCAAGGGCAUUGAAGAUGAAACGUGGCUGGGUCUUUCAGCAUGACAAUGAUCCCAAACACACCGCCCGGGCAACGAAGGAGUGGCUUCGUAAGAAGCAUUUCAAGGUCCUGGAGUGGCCUAGCCAGUCUCCAGAUCUCAACCCCAUAGAAAAUCUUUGGAGGGAGUUAAAAGUCCGUGUUGCCCAGCGACAGCCCCAAAACAUCACUGCUCUAGAGGAGAUCUGCAUGGAGGAAUGAGCCAAAUACCAGCAACAGUGUGUGAAAACCUUGUGAAGACUUACAGAAAACGUUUGACCUGUGUCAUUGCCAACAAAGGGUAUAUAACAAAGUAUUGAGAAACUUUUGUUAUUGACCAAAUACUUAUUUUCCACCAUAAUUUGCAAAUAAAUUCAUUAAAAAUCCUACAAUGUGAUUGUCUGGAUUUUUUUUCUCAUUUUGUCUGUCAUAGUUGACGUGUACCUAUGAUGAAAAUUACAGGCCUCUCAUCUUUUUAAGUGGGAGAACUUGCACAAUUGGUGGCUGACUAAAUACUUUUUUCCCCCACUGUAUGUACUAUUGGCCAGCAGUAUCGGUUAGUCCUCUGGUAUACUUUGUUACAUUUCUAUCAAAUGUUUGUCAUUUAAAUUGGCCUAAAACCACCUCUCUAUUACUAUAUUGACACUCCGCCUGUUUUCUCAUGCCAACAGACAUACAAAAGAGAGGCCCAUGACCUGCACAUGACCCAUAAGAUUGGCCUUGUUGAAGCACUUUGUGGAUUCCAGUUUACGUUGAAACACUUAGACGGCAGACAGAUUGUAGUCAAGUACGCUGCUGGCAAAGUCAUUGAGCCAGGUAAGAAUUUGAUAUUUUGUACUGGUGAAUAUUAAUCCAUGCAGUAUGUGAAAGUAGUGUUUCUAUAAUGCAUUGUUUAUUUUACAGGCUCGGUCAGAGUUGUGCGAGGAGAGGGGAUGCCACAGUACCGUAAUCCAUUUGAAAAAGGAGACCUGUAUAUUAAAUUUGAUGUGCAGUUCCCAGACAACAACUGGAUCAGCCCCGAUAAACUCAAUGUAAGUCAUGAUGGACUAGGAAAAGCCUUUCUUGUGUCCCUUUCUGUCACAAGCUUGAACAUUAUGGUACAGGUUCUAUUAUGGGAUUGAAUGACACAAUUUGAUCAUUUGUUAUACAAAUCUGCCACUUGUGGUACCUCAGCUUUUAAACACCAUUACUAAUGAUGAUAAUGGCAUUUAAGAGCUACACAUUUUAAGAGCCACACAAGUGACAUUGUUCUCGCUAAUGAUGUGACCCUCUCCUCUGUAAACUCCAGGAGCUGGAAGACUUGCUGCCAACACGUGCCGAGGCUCCCAUAGUGUCUGGGGACGCAGAGGAGGUGGACCUGCAGGACUACGACGUCAGCCAGGGCUCGUCUGGAGGACGACGUGAGGCCUACAACGACAGCUCAGAUGAUGAGGGAGGCCACCACGGCCCUGGAGUGCAGUGUGCCCACCAGUAGCAUCUCACGCAGGGGAAAAUGUAUGUGUUGUCCCCCCGCUCCCGAUCACGCAUUCCUCACUCUCCUUGUGAGAACACCAGAUAAGAUGGAAAAAUAUCAUUUCUCCUUUGCUUGGUGUGUAACUUGCAUUUUUUUCAUAGUAUUUACAAUAAUUAAUUUAAACUUACUAUAAAAUGCAGUUUUGGCCUCAGCCUCUGGACUGAGAGUUGUGAGUUAGGGGAGGGAGAUCCUGAAAGGACACAAACAUCACAUUUUUAGGUUUGUAUGUUUCUGUGCUUGAUUUUUACCGCUUGAUUUCUUUUUGUAGGUUUUUACUUUUGUUUUCCUUCCUAUAUAGAAAGAAAUUCAAACAUAAGACAUUGUGUAUAAUAUGAAAUUGAUUGUCGGUGAGCUUUAUAUCAGCUGCUCUUAUACAGUGGUGUGAUACAAACACCUGUAUCUGGCCUCAACCCUGGUGCAUGUUAAGACCGCAUUGGUUCCUGCACUGAUUAAACAUCCAAUCUAACGAGCGAAGCUGAAAAAAUACCAUUUAAAAGCGUCAUAACUUCAGUGAAACAAGGUUUAUUAAGUUGUUAAAUAAACGUUCUUCAAAUCUCAAACAGCAAUACUGGAUGUCUGUGAUUCUGUCUUGUCAUUGUCUGGGAAAUUAUUGACAUCCGUCAGGAAAAUAAUAUCUUAGUUACCGCCUCAGUCCUUUGUCAUUUAAUGUUGAUGGGUAUCAUAGAGAAUGAUAGAGGCCUCUA